UUUUGGGCGAAAUUCUACCUGAUUUGUGUGUUGAUCUUCCUCGCCUGCAUCGCAAUCAACCAACUUCACGAGCGAGUGGGCUUACUUUCCUCAUUGGCAGAUUUUCUCCUCUCCCUAUCUCCAUUCCUUUUACCGCUUCUCCUGUCUCGUCUUAUUCGUCCCGUCAGCUUCUGUCAGAAAUCAGUCGUAGAGUCAGAAGUCCUUGGAACUGCCCUCAAAAAGCCCAAAUUCAUACAGGAAGUUGAGGUGACUCCACUGACAGACGACACUCCUGGAGAUUCUCCGACCGAUGCUUUAUCAGAGAAGGAAGACCAACUGUUUCAAACAAUAAAGUCGAGCCCGAUUCAUAAGGCCAGCUCGGCCGACGAUAAAUAUGCCUCGGAGCUGAAGACUUCCGCCGCGGAGCUAGAGCUAGAAAUGGUCAACUGCCAUCGUAAUUUCAAUGUCUCUCUCACCAUCCGCACCCUAUCCAUAUACACUCUGGUAUGCUCUUUCGGCUGCGUGCCUGCUAUUCAUUGGGUUUGCAUCAACCACUUGCGAGAUACCGCCACGGUUCAGGGCCUGAUUUGUUUGUAA